UGCGAGCAAAGAACAGGGUGCGGAAAGCAGCCAACAUCUGAUCUCUCUUAUCUACACAUUGUGACUGAGAAUUACUUUUAUGGACUGCGAUAACAGUUGUGUGUGGGAUAACGCCCGUGCAAAAUGCCGCGAAUAGAUGAAAGACUCGGAGAAUCCAAGAUUGUAGCUGAAUUUUUAAAAUCCAUCAUUUGACAAGUUCGGAUUGUUAUGGGGGAAAGAGCGCAUUGAGACUUACCUUGUCUGGGAUAUAUCAGCCUUGAUGGAAACCAUGUCACCUCAGCAGGAAAGUACUGGCCAGAGUCGGUCUGCUUCUUUGACUGGAGAAACCAAGAUCUGCACUCUACCUGAGAACAAAAAGAAGAUGAAGAGUCUGACACAGCGGCGGCAGUCUGCUCCCUCCCUGGUCAUCAGUAAAGCACUAACAAAAUCGAGGACUCUCUCAAGGGAGAACUGUCUGUCACCCAUCAGUCCAGAGACUUGUCCCCUGGUCCAGUCCUUUUUGACCCCGUCUCGGACUUUUGUCACACACGGCCACGCCCAGUUGAAGACCGGCCUGCAAACACAGGAGCGCCACCUCUUCCUCUUCAAUGACAUCCUUCUCAUCGCCAAAGCCAAGUCCUCGACACACUUCAAGCUGAAAGCUCAGGUGCGGGUGUGUGAGAUGUGGACUGCCAACUGCAUGGAGGAUGUGUGUGAGGGCAGCACGAACCCGGAGAGGAGCUUUGUCAUGGGCUGGCCCACCUUUAACUGUGUGGCUACCUUCAGUUCUGUGGAGCAGAAGGAGAGAUGGCUCUCUUUUAUCAAAAGUCGAAUAAAAGAGGAGAAAGAAAAGGAUGAUCCCAAAACCAUUCUUCUGAAAAUAUUUGCAAAAGACAUUGCGGAUUGUGCAUAUGCUAAGACGCUUACAGUCAGCCACUCAGACUGUGCUAGCGAGGUCACCCGCAUGGCUCUGCAGCAGUUUGGCAUCUUGGGCAGUGAGAAAGACUACCAGCUGUGGGUGAGCUCCAGAAAGGACGAGCCUCCCUACCCUCUCAUCGGGCAUGAGUUCCCCUUCAGCAUCAGGAUGAGCUACUUCCGAGAGCGCGUCUCUCAGGCUACGGGAGUGAAGGAUCCAAUUACUCCUCCCGACCUACAAGGGGCGCUGGAGCAGCUGCCAGUGGACACGCAGUGCCAAUUCAUCCUCAAGCCCAGUCGUAUGACUACGGGACAGACUUUAACGGAGCCCGGUCAGAAGCCCCUCAGGAGGAAAAGGUCCUUCAUAAACUGGGCCUUCUGGCGCGGCUCCAGCUCCCAGCUGGACGGCCUCCCAGUGUCGCCCACCUUGCCGGCCCCGGGGUGUCUCUUUGGCCUGCCGCUGAGCGCCGUGUGCGAAGGCGGUACCCUCCCCAAGCCUGUGAUGGACAUGCUGGCGUUCCUGUUCCAGGAAGGCCCGUUCACCAGAGGGAUAUUCCGGCGCUCUGCCAGCGCCAAGGCCUGCCGGGAAAUGAGGGACAGGCUGAAUUCCGGGACUGACAGCCUCCCGCUGACCUGCGAGUCCAUCUUUGUCAUCGCCGCCGUCUUCAAGGACUUCCUGCGGAACAUUCCAGGCAGCCUGCUGUCCCAGGACCUCUAUGAGCACUGGGUGGGAGUGAUGGACCAGGCCGGAGAGGGAGAGGAGGACCGGGUGCAGGCCAUCCAGAGGCUGGUACAGCGUCUGCCGAGGGAGAACCAGCUGCUCUUGACUCACAUGCUGGCUGUACUGCACUGUAUUCAGCGUCACUCCCAUCACAACCAGAUGAACAGCUUCAACCUGUCCGUCUGCAUCGCCCCCAGCAUGCUCUGGGCCCCGGCCCCCUGCAACCCUGACGCGGAGAGCGAAGGCACCAAGAAGGUGUCCGAAGUGGUGCGGUUCAUGAUAGAAAACUGCUGCAGGGUGCUGGGGGACAGCAUCACUUCCUUGUUCGGUGGAUUCCCUCAAAACGGCAGCGGCAUUGACCACAGAUCUGAUGCGUCUGCCGUCCAGUUGAACGACUCCUCCUACGACAGCCUGGAGAACGAGCUGAACGACGAUGAGUCUCCCUGCCAAGACCUGCGUGGGCAGAAGGACAAGCAGGAGAACCUGAGCCGCGACUCGGUCAUCACUCUCAGCGACUGUGACCUGGACCAGCCCGAGCCCGACCCCGCGCCCGUCCAGCUGCAGCUCCCCCCGCUGGCCCGGCCCAGGAGGGUCACCCUGGCCGUGCACCAGGCCCACCCCCACGCCCAUCGGGACGCUUCUCAGCGCAAAUCCCUCUGCCCCCUAGGCGCCCGCCGGCUGCGCCGCUGCUCCGAGCCGGCCAUCGGGCACCUCCAGCUGUGCCCGGCGGCGCCCCCCGGGCAGCACGGCGCCGUGGCCCGCAAGACCAGCUACGACGCCGUGACGGAUCACGUUGAGGACGAGGUGUUCGUGGAGCGCCUGCAGCUGGACAGGCGGGCGGACGUGGGGAGUGGGGGCGGCGGGGAGGACAGGCGGGACUCGCGGGAUGCCCCACGGCGGAGGCACAAGCAGCCCCCGCCCUUGCAGCUGGACGCUAGCUGCUCCAGCCUGUCCUCUCCCACCACCUCCCCCUCCGGCUCAUCCAUGAGCUCGCUGGACAGCGCCUUCUCCCAGUUCUCCACGGACUAUAACACCCUCGCCCCCUCCGAUGGCCGCGGCGGCACCCUGAGGGCCCAGGGGAGCUCCUCCUCUCGCUCCCCGGCCCAAACCUCUCCCGUCUCCCCGGCCUCCGUUUCUCCUUGCUCCCUUGCCCCUUCCCCCUCCCUCAACACCACUUUCCCCAGAGAGGCCAGUGACUGGAGCCACCACAGGGCUGCCGACGGUCUGCACCCCAACACCUGGCUGAAGAAGGACCACCGGCUGUCGCUACGGCAGCAGGACAAGGGCGACUGGGAGGACAGGGGCGGCAGCCCUGAGAGGGCCCUUGUCUCCAACGGGUCGGCGGAAACAUUGCCGAACGGCGAGAGGAAAGCCAGUGAGCUGGGGGACCUCUCUAAAAGGAGAUCCAGCAGCCCUCCUUCGUACCCUCAGGCCCUGCUGCUGCAGUGCUCCAAAUCCCUCUUCUACAAGGGCAAAGACAAGGUGUUGACAGUGAAGGAGCUGAGGCAACUGCAUGACCAGGCUGCUGCGAGGAGCUCGGGAAGUGACGUCACUCCCAUGAUCGCGUCAGCCGCAAGAAGUAACCUGCCGCAGGGAGUGUUCUACGGGCACAGCAGCUCCUGCCUGACUCUGCAGAGGCAGAAGUCUCACUCCCUCAUCACGGCUGGGGAAGGGUCCGACAGGAAACCCGCCGCUGGACGCCGUGUGUCCGAGCCCCUAGUGGACAGCUGCAGUGUGGGCAGAAGCUCCACCUCAGACCUGGAGAAGCUCCACAGGCAGGCGCUGGACCACCGGGGCAAGGUGCCAGCCGGCAGGACCCAGCAGGACUCCGGCCAUAAGGGGUCCGAUGUGGAGCCGCUACACGGCAGUACAAAUCAGAACCCAGAACCCAGGUUCUGCCUGUCUCCCUCUGCCACCCAGACCGUGAAGGACUACUUCUCUCUCACACACACAGACCCGGACACCUGCCUGAGAAGGAGCCAGGAGGUGGCCAUUGCCAUCGUCCAGGGAAAGAGGGAUUGGCAAAGCCGCAGGUGCAGCGACCCCAGGAUCGACGACUUUGACCAAAUGUUUCUCGCCGAAGAGUCUUACGUGUGAAUGUGAUUAUUUCUGACAUUUCCGUUGUACAUGGGCUGGUUUGUAGAUUCUGCUGCUUGGCUCCUUUACUACCUGUUCCCUACAGAUUAUAAAUUAUAAUGAGGUUUGUUCAUACAGUACUUUGUCUCCCACACUGUCAUCCGUAAUGCACUCCUAAUAGGAAGACAAAUCACACACUUGAUAAGUCCCAAAUCUUCCACUGGCAACUGAUUUCAUACCUAUGAGUAUGUUCACACGGUCUACCACUGGCUUCAACUGCCAUACUACAACCUGCAAUUGCCUCUUUUGUUAUGUUUGUUCAUUCAUGCUUUUACUACUGGAGUGAGGGCACUCUCCGUCCAAACAAGCAGCAUCAACCAGUUCAAGGUUCAAAGUUCAAAGUUCAGCACAGGGCGGACUCACAUAGACAUGAAUACCGUUUUGUGGAAUUAGCAGAAGCGCUGUGGUUUCAGAGCACUGCUUAAUGCCACGUUCAUGUUUUGUUGAUGUGGUGUUGCAGGCACAUCAUGUUUAUGUGCGCUUACAUCACAGAGCAUUGUGCAAGAAGGACUGUUAAUGCAGCCAACAAGAUUGCACAGCAGUGCCCAUUGCACAGCACACAAAGUGGGUCACCGUGUACACGCCGCAAACAGAGCAGAUCACGUUAACAGGUGUUUUAGCUACAUUCUGCCGUGCUAGGGUAGCCAGGUCAGCUUGUCAAGAGUGACAGUAAGGUGCGUGUGAGGACAGAGUGGUAUGUGUCGGUAAAUGAUGUGAAGAAGGAUACUGUAAUCCAUUUGAAAUGCAUGUGUGUAUGAGGCUUACGAGUAUUCUGUGUGGCAAGCGUGUGAAAUGAGGUAUUACAGGGCUGCAGCGCAAGGAGAUAUACGCCAAUGAUACGUAAGAGCAGUGUGGGUAGAUAGGCCUCCUCCGUGGGAGCCAUUCUCAUCUUCGGAGGUAGGCCUUCUUGUUCACGACUUCUGUGCAGUGUUUUUUUGUUUGUAUAUAUAAAUAAAGGUAUAUAAAAAAACACAUAAACUACUUUACAUCUAUGUGGAUUAGUUAUAUGCUG